AUGGGCCCAACAAAGAGAAAAAGGCACAUAUGGGCUUUGGAAUUAGCAAAUGUCUGGGCCUUCUGGCGUUGGUUGUUAGAGAACCAGCCGUUGAGAGAUCAGAGAGAGAGGGAAAUGUCGAUACUCUGGGAAAAGAGCGAGACAUGGCGGUGGCUAGUAAGGAGGACAAGGGAUUCGAAGCCGUUCUUCUUGGCCUUCGCAGCCAUAUGCGGCGUCGUUCCGGGUGUCAUAGGCUACGGCGUCAUGCAGCUCACGAACUCCCGCAACCCUCAGUUGGAGGCCCAUCUCCGCCAAAAGGCCCGCCCCGAAUCCCUUAUGAUGGGAAAAGUAAACCUAGAGCGAUUAGUGGAAUACCUUGGGGAGCUCCAGCGGAAAGAGGAUACCAAUGAUCGAUAUGUAGCUGCCUUGAGGGGAGAGACAUUGACUAGGACUCCUUACCAGAGAAUUCAGCCUGUUCCAAAGCAGAAGACCGAAGCUGACAAUCAACAGAAGAAGACCGACAAGGCUUAGCCAUAUCUACAAAUUGCAUGUGCAAUAAUUCUUAUGGUUCUCAGGGCGGGGUGUUCUUUUGUCUUCGGCAGAACCUUCAAGCCAAAGCUGUAAAGUGGAAUUCAGGUUGAGUUCAAGCUAUUACGUUGUUUAAGUAUGAG